CCCCAUGAAGGCUCUGAGGAGGGUGGACGCUCCCAGAGCCGUCUCCUGUCCUCACAAAGCAGAUCCAGCAAGUUAUUUCCUUUGUGACUGGGAAACAGCAGCAUCUCCACAACGUGAUACCUGGCUUUGUUACAUUAACAGUUACAAAGCAUGGAAGAUCCAGUUUAUCACAGCAUGGUGGAAUCUAUUUGUCCCAGCAUAGUGCACAAAUUCCUCCUUUGCCUCUGAACGUUUCUAUUUUCACAUUACCUGACAUAGACUGAGAGAAUCGAGGCAUGUUUUAAAGCAAAGUUUUUCUACGCUGGCAUCUGAUCCGAGCUACCUUAGAGGAGCAUCCUGCCUGCAUGGACAGGGCAACAUUUGCCUGUUCCACCGCCUUUUUUCGUGACUACAGCAGUUCAGCUCAGGGCACAUUCACCACAGGACACGUUGACUUCAUUGAUAAAAUCGAAUCGUUCACUUAUUCGGACUUUUUUCGGGAUUAUUUGAUUCCCAACCAGCCCUGUGUUUUCUCAGAAAAGUUCACUGAUGGCUGGAGCAGCAGGAGGAAUUGGGUAACUUGGGGUGGGAAGCCUGAUUUCGAUCAUCUGCUGCAGGAGUUUGGAGAGGCUAUAGUACCUGUGGCCAACUGUGAUGUCAAGGAGUACAAUUCUAAUCCAAAAGAGCAGCUCCCCCUCAAGGAGUAUAUAAGUUACUGGAAAGAGUACAUUAAAAAUGGCUACCGUUCAUCUCGAGGGUGCCUUUAUCUGAAGGACUGGCACCUGAGCAGAGCUUUCCCAGAGCAAGAUGUUUAUACAACUCCUGUGUAUUUCUCAUCUGACUGGCUGAAUGAAUAUUGGGAUGCUAUAGCUGUGGAUGAUUACCGGUUUGUCUACAUGGGACCUAAAGGUUCAUGGACUCCAUUCCAUGCUGAUGUCUUCCGUUCCUAUAGCUGGUCAGCUAAUAUAUGUGGAAGAAAGAAAUGGCUGCUCUACCCCCCAGGGCAGGAGGAUUAUCUGAAAGACUGUCAUGGCAACUUGCCCUUCGAUGUGACUGCACCUGAUCUUCAGGACAGGAGUGUCUACCCUCGCUACAACCAAAGCCAACCCCCUGUGGAAAUUGUGCAGGAAGCAGGGGAGAUAGUUUUCAUCCCCAGUGGAUGGCAUCAUCAAGUUUACAACCUGGAGGAUACCAUUUCUAUUAACCACAACUGGGUGAAUGGCUGCAACGUAGCUAUAAUGUGGUGCUUCCUGCAGGAUGAAUUAGCAGCUGUCCAGAGAGAAAUCAAUGAAUGGAAGGACCCCAUGGAUGACUGGCACCUACAAUGUCAGCUGAUCAUGAAAUCUUGCACCGGCAUAGACUACAAGGAGUUCUACAAUUUCCUCAAAGUUAUUGCAGAGAACAGGAUUUCUAUCUUGGAAAACGGCCUCGAUGAUGAAGCUUCAGCAAAGAACACUCCAAAAGCUGCCAUUUCCACCUUGGGUAUGCUCCAUGCAGUGUUUGAUUUAAAGAGGACUGUGAAGGUGUUAACAUCUUUGAGUGCUAAUGAAGAUUUCAAGAAGCUAGACCUGACGUCGCUUUCUCCACCUCCGGAGGCAUUGCUCCAUCACUUGAAAGCAGCAAUAGACACAGCACUCCUCUAACUUCCUACCUAUUCUCUUAUUUGUAAAAUGAACCUUUGGGUAAAUUGGGUGUUUGUAGAAGAAUGACUCCUCCCUGUUUAAUAGCUGUUGCAAUUCAUGUACAAAGAGCCUUCCUAUAGAGUGGGGAGAGAGUAUAUUCCUAAGAUGACUGAAUAGUUUUUAAAUUUACAGCAUUUGAGUAUCUGGAAUAAUUAGGAAUAAAACUCUUAGGUAACGGGGGGGGAGGGGGGGGGGGGGAAAGCAUUGUACUCUGAUAAAUGAAGGCCUGCUGAUGAGUUUGAAUUCAGGGAAAGAGGAACAGAAAUUCUCUGUGGAAGAGCUUACAUGUGGCAGAGCUAAACACUGGGACUGCAGUGAUCUGCAGCAUACUGCUUCUGCUCAAAGCACUGUAUGCAGACAGCCAACCUGCACUGCAGGCUCCAGCUAAAUCAUUGUAGAUCACAGCUAAAUCACUUUAAGACCUGUCCUGUUUCCAGCUGUAGCUUAGACUUUUUAUUGCUUCCCCUGAAGCCUAAGCUGUCUCAACAGCUAUAGCUUGGAUAUGGAAAAGCUGACUACUGGUUUCUUACACAGUGGUAUCUCUAAAGCUAAAAGUCUCAGGUAUGCUUGGCUUUCAGGUUGCUCCAGGGCCUGCAGGACUAAAUUUAACAUACAAGGAAGAUGAAGUCCUGCUAGCAACUCUAUCAUUAAUAAUUUAACAAUGUGAACCACUCAAGCUCAAAAGAGGCUUGAAUGUACUCCCUCAUUUCUACACACUAUUUCAAGGCACAAUAUUUUAUCAAGCAGAGAGACUUGAUGAGUCAGGGAAGCUAGCAAGUAACCUUGUACUAUUUAUCUCCUUAAAAAGCCAUGCUUUUAACAACAAAUAGCACUACUGCAUGGUUACAGAGCACAGUUUGCUACUGAAUGCUACCCUUGUGCUAAAGAGCAUUUCUAGUGAAGUAUUCCUCUUGCUUUUACUGGUUGGCAAGAAAGCCUAGAAGCACAAAUGGCUGCAUACUGUUACCUUACGUUGCCCCUUUAGGGCUCACUUGAAUUAUUGAUCAAGAACUUCCUGAAUUUUUAAAGAGAGUUGGUCUUAAGAGCAACAAAUAAACUUAGUAGGAGUCAUCAAUAGGCUGAAAAAUCUCCUUAUUUUCUAGAUAAUCCUGUGGACUUUGUACAUGCAUGCAUUUUGCAUGUCCUAUUUUGUAGUAAGUAGAAGUUCAGCAUUUUGAGUAGGAAAUGGUACUUGAAAACAAAAUCAAUAUCCAAAGCAUGGAAAAAAUGCAGUAUAGAGAAAACAGACUUUUUAAAAUACAGUUGUGACUACAUAUCUGUGAUUCAGCCUUCUGGCACAGUGUUUAUUUGAACUGAGAAAUAGCCAGUUUUAGGCAACUGAAAUGAAAAAGUUCACAGCUGUCACUUCUGUGUGUUUACAUUCUCAAAGACAAGGAGCUGGAACUUCUCCAUAUAAGAGUGAGAUCUCAAAGAUAAACAGUAUUUUAAAGCUGGUGAUCAGUGUACUGGUAGGAAAGCAUGGUUUUGGUCUCGUGUUCCCCAGUCUCACAGCAUGCUAUGUAACUGGUAUUGGCACCAACCACUUUAAACCCAUGGAAUCCACUGCAAGGUUUUGCUUAGCUGAAUGUUGCCUUUCAUUUCAUGUCAAUGCAAGUCAAGCUUUUACACUGAAACCACUAUCUCAGCAUAUCAGAAGAUAGGACAACGUGGUAGGGUAGCUAAGAGGUGUUGAAAUGAAGGAAGGUGAGUCACUGCCACUCACUCACUUUCUUUUCCCUUGCACUGUCUCAGCAACACAGCAUCUUGAGACCUGAAGACAUGGUGACAGCUCUCCUUUGUAAUGCCUGCUAAGGCUUAGCGAGCUCAGUGUGAG